GAACUCAACUUCCUUCCAUUUUCCCUUUCCUUUGCUUGUUCCCGUUUAUUUUCCACUCGGCAGCUUACCAACCAAACCAACUUCUUCUUCUUCUCUUUUCACCAUGGACUCGCUUCCUUCGGUCUCACCCUCCAUGGUUCUUCCUCCCACUAACCCUUUCCACCGCCAUACCCGCCGCCUCGCUUUCUUCUCCCGCCACCACCGUCUUCCUCCGAGGCUCGCCUCCGCACCCGGAACGUGGAGGAGAAGGACGAACGAAAUCUCCUGCAGCAGCCUCGGCGCAGGAAAGAGCGAUGACGAGGAGGAGGAGGUGGAGAGGGCUCUUCACAUGGACGGUGCGAUUCCCGGCAACUCCGACGAGUUCCUCAAACGCGUUUCCUCUCGCGCUUAUGACAUGCGCAGGCACCUCCAUCAGUCCUUCGAUACCAGCAGCUACGACGUUUUAGAUGACAAUCCUUGGAGAGAAACUUCGAAGCCUGUGUAUGUCCUCACUCAAAAGGAAAAUCAAUUGUGCACAAUGAAAACCCGGAGAAAUAUAAGUGAAGUUGAAAGAGAGCUUGGCUUAUUGUUUCCCAAAGGAGGCAGCUGGAGAUCUGGAAUUGGAAAUCAAUCCAAAAAAGUGAGGGAAGGGACAAAGUUUCAAAUGCUUGUAGAAGAUAUUAGGGAUGGAGUGCUGGUAUUUGAAGAUGAAAAUGAGGCAGUGAAGUAUUGUGACUUGCUAGAAGGAGGAGGUCAAGGUUGUGAGGGUGUUGCUGAGAUAGAAGCCUCAUCGGUAUUUGAUCUCUGCAAGAAAAUGAGGGCUCUUGCAGUUAUAUUCCGCAGAGGGAGGACACCUCCUCUACCUGAAAGUCUUAAGCUCAAUCUGCGAGCUCGAAAGCGGUCCCUUGAAGACCAAGAUGAUUUGAUAUGAAAUUCAAUUCCCUUGCAAUGGGAGGGAAGCUACUGUAUGUUAAUAUAGUAAUUUGGCUAGCCCUCAAAAGAAACACAAAUAUACAUAAUGAUUACAUAUUCAUUCAUCAGUAUAGUAAAAGAAAAAAGAAUAUAGCAUGUAUAUAUAGUGUUCUCCA